AUGGAGACGACUCGAUCCCCGGAUUUUACAGGUUAUCCGUGGUGGGAUGCUUCUGUCUUCUCGAAUUGUAUUUAUAAUCACACAGUGCCGUGGCCUGCCGAUGGGAAUUAUACCGAUCCCUCGCCUACGCUCCAACAAUACAUACACACUUGCAAGAUGGGCUCCACGGGCACCGAUGUCAAAACUCCCUACACCGGCCUGCUCGGCCAGGACUUCACCGAAAUGGUCAAGAAGUCCAUCGGUCCCAAGGCCAAUCCCAGACUGCGCCGGGUCAUGGAGUCUUUCAUCCAACACAUGCAUGACUUUGCGCGGGAGAUUUCCCUGACCAACGAUGAAUGGAUGAUGGCAGUCAACAUGAUCAACGAGGGAGGACGGAUGAGUGAUGCCAAGCGGAACGAGGGACAGCUUAUGUGUGACGUUAUCGGCCUGGAGUCUCUCGUCGACGAUAUCACGUCCAGAGCGGCUGCAAAGGCCGGAGAAUCCAUAACCUCCUCUGCCAUCUUGGGUCCGUUCUGGCGACAUGAUACUCCCAUUCGCGAGAAUGGCUCGACAAUCACCUUUGACACCCCGGCCGAUGCGCAGGUUGUCUACAUGCACGGCAAGGUCUUCUGUGGAAGCACAGGGAAACCUCUUGCAAAUGCUUCGGUUGAAGCUUGGCAGGCGUCGACCAACGGCCUCUAUGAGCAGCAGGAUCCCAGGCAGCGUGAGCAUAACCUCCGCGGGAAAUUCAUCACCGACAGCGAGGGAAACUAUUCAUUCUACUGUAUCCGACCAACACCAUACCCAGUCCCGGAUGACGGACCGGCAGGCAAGCUGCUGGCCAUGUUAGACCGGCAUCCAUGGCGACCUGCUCACAUUCAUCUCAUCGUCCAAGCAGAGGGAUGCAGCCCGAUAACCACCCAGAUAUUCGACUCCGACUGCAAGUAUCUAGACAACGACUCGGUGUUUGCCGUGAAGGAUAGCCUUCGAGUGGUAUUCCAGCCUCGCAAGGGCGACCCGAAGGCGAAGCUUGAUCUCGAGUAUAACGUCUCUCUCGCUCCGGAGUCUCGGUCUUAG